AUGAGGACUAUCAAAUGCCUGACCGGCUUGCUGACAUCUGCAGGCUAUCAGAAGAAGAAUUCUUGUGGAUAUUGUAAGAAUGCUACAGGCAGCUCGUCAUAUUACAUGUCAUGCGACAACAUGCGGGUAGAUCAUUAUCAGGAGCUGAUGGAUCGGGGCUGGAGACGAUCAGGCUCAUUGUUCUACAAACCUGAUCUGUUGCGAUCAUGCUGCCCUCACUAUACCGUUCGCCUCAACGCCUCCGAAUUCAAGGCGAAAAGGGGUCAACGUCGGCCGAUAAACCGAUGGAAUGACUUUGUGCUCGGCGCGGAGUACAAGCGAAAAGCUGCUAUGUUGUGCCCUCAGAGCAGAGAAGAGAAGCGUCGAUUGAGAAACAAGUUUGAUCUACUUACUGCCGUCCGCAAAGCGGAAUAUGACAAUGUCAGUCGUCCAGCCGAUAAAAACACAGGGAAACCGAUCGAGCCAGCCCACAAGUUUGAAGUUAAUCUCGAGGGCGACAGCUUUACGAAAGAAAAGUAUGACGUCUUUCUCAAGUACCAAGUAGAGGUUCACAAAGAUCCCGCCUCUCGCUGGAAAGAACCCGCCUUCAAACGAUUCCUCUGCACGGGCCUUGACCGAAAGAUACUCAAAAUUGGUGGCAAGACACUUAAAUUGGGCUCUUACCACCAAUGUUACCGACUGGAUGGCCAGCUAGUUGCUGUUGGCGUCCUUGAUCUUCUUCCCCACGCGGUCAGCUCUGUAUACCUGUUCUAUGAUCCCGAGUAUCAGCACUGGAAUUUCGGGAAGAUAAGUGCCCUUCGCGAAAUUGCGCUGGCCUUGGAGGCAAAAUAUGAAUACUACUACAUGGGGUAUUACAUUCACUCAUGUAUCAAGAUGCGGUACAAGGCUGAAUUUUCUCCCAGCUACCUACUAGAUCCCGAAAGCCUCGAGUGGAAUCUUUUUGAUGACAACUAUCGUCGAGAGCUAGACAAAAGACCAUAUGUGUCUCCGUCUCAUGACCGAAACUUUGGUGUGGAUCCUGCUCUUAGCAACAGGCACACAGAGUCAGAUACAAAGUCGUCUUCCGCCAACGAAGGUACCAGCAACACCCCUGAAACAACCAGAGAGAGAGGUCAAAUAUUUGCGGAUGAACAAGAUCUCGAGUUUGAUGAAGCAGCCAGCGAUGAAGAGGAUGCAGAAAUACCGGAAGGCUCUAUGUUUGAUUAUCAAAUACCGGGUGUGCUUACUAAGGAUGAGGUUCAACGUCUAGAUUUAGACCACUGGCGUUUACUCGUGAGGAAUGCUUUGGUCGAAUUAGAGGACUUGCGCGGCUGGGAGGAAUGGAAAAUUGAUGAUCCCGGUUCGAUUAAAGGAAUCGCUGCCGAACUGAUUGCGGCUACUGGCCCCAAGCUGCUCAAGAACUCUGCACUUGUCCUAUUCUAA